AUGAUCUUGGAGAAGGAGAAGAAAAAUGGGAGCAAAUACAAAAGUGUUGCGUUUAUAUUUUUGAACCUCCAGAACCGAACCAUGGAAACUCAGCCGAGAUCAGAGCGAGUGAAAACAGUUGUAUCUGCUCUCUGCAAAAUCCCACUCCUCUUUCUCCUUUUGUACUUCUUCGUGUGCUCCCUUGACGUUUUAAGCUCUGCCUUUCAACUAUCUGGAGGCAGGGUGGCAGGGGAUAUCUUCCAGGAAAAUGCAAUCCUGUCUAACCCAGUGGCAGGGCUGGUGGUGGGGAUACUGGUGACAGUGUUAGUCCAGAGCUCCUCCACCUCCACAUCCAUCAUAGUCAGCCUUGUCUCUUCGGGUUUACUGGAUGUUCAAUCGGCGAUUCCUAUCAUCAUGGGCUCUAACAUCGGAACAUCAGUCACAAAUACCAUAGUUGCCCUAAUGCAGGCUGGAGAGAGAGAGGAGUUUGAAAGGGCAUUUGCUGGGGCUACAGUCCAUGACUGUUUUAACUGGUUGUCAGUUUUGGUGCUUCUCCCUCUGGAAGCUGUGAGUGGAUUACUGAGGCAACUGUCACAGGCUUUGGUCUACACACUUCAGCUCAGUACUGGAGAAGAAGCUCCUGAACUUCUUAAAGUCCUCACUGAGCCACUUACUAAAAUGGUUAUUCAGCUGGAUCGGUCAGUCAUUACAGCGAUCGCUACGGGAGACCAGAGUGUGAGGAACAAGAGUCUGGUGAAGCAGUGGUGUCAAAGCACAACUGUGGAGGUAUUGAUACCAAAAAUGUCCCAUAUUAAUGUGAAAUUACUACAUGCUGCUUCUCAUAAGUGCAGGCAUCUCUUUGUGGACUGCUCUCUGUCAGACUUGGCCAUAGGUUUGAUCCUCCUGGCGUGCUCCCUGUUGGUGCUGUGUAGCUGUUUGAUACUGCUGGUUAAACUGCUCAACUCCCUGCUAAAGGGCAAGGUGGCCAGUGCUAUUAAUAAAGUCAUUAACACAGAUUUCCCUCACCCUUUUACCUGGCUGGCCGGUUAUCUGGCUGUACUAAUGGGAGCAGGCAUGACUUUUUUGGUUCAAAGUAGUUCUGUCUUCACCUCUGCCAUCACUCCUCUCAUAGGGAUCGGUGUAAUCAGUAUUGAAAGGGCCUACCCUUUAACCCUGGGGUCCAACCUCGGAACCACUACCACAGCUACACUUGCAGCCCUGGCUAGUCCAGGAGAUAAGCUAGCAGCAGCCACACAGGUUGCCUUAUGUCACUUUUUCUUUAACCUCCUUGGUAUCCUGCUGUGGUAUCCCAUACCAGCCACCCGCUUACCCAUACGUAUGGCCUGUGCCCUUGGCAACUGCACUGCCAGAUACCGCUGGUUUGCCGUUUUGUACCUUCUCCUCUGCUUCCUGCUACUCCCAUCCCUCGUGUUUGCCCUCUCCAUGGCUGGCUGGAAAGUGAUGACUGGGAUUGGCGUGCCAGUUGUUAUGGUGAUUAUAUCUGUUGCCACUGUAAACAUGCUCCAGGCAAGGAGGCCUCACUGUUUGCCACUCAGACUGAGGAACUGGGACUUCCUCCCUUUUUGGAUGACUUCGUUGCAGCCCCUGGAUAACCUCAUCACCAUGGUGACCCUGUGGUGCAGGCAAGGGAGAGGUUGGAGUUGUAAGGGAAAUGAUGUCCCAGUGGAGGUCAUUUCUGUCAACCCUGAUAGAAAAACAAUGGAGAAAUGGAAGCAGAAUGGGAAAGCACAAGAGACUGAUGAGAACUGGCAAAAACAAAGAGGACUCAGCAAACCUGGAUGUUGUGAUCUACAAUAUAACAACAGAGACAAAACAACAACCACCAUGUCUUCAGAGAACAACAUCUGCAACAUGGGUGCUUUGGGGUCCAUCAAGGAAAACACAGAUUCAAACAAUCAGGGCACUCAACUGAUUAGCACUCACUUGUAGUGCUAUUAUCUUGUGUCUAAGGGGUGCCAGAUGUUUCAUAAAUUCAAAGACCGGUUCAUCAGUGAGAAAAUGUUUUACAAAAAACAAAACAGAAAAUGGAAUUUCCAGGGCAUCUGUAACUGGUUGCACCAACUCAUUGCACUAUAAGAAGAACUAGUGUAACUUUUGGGAAGGUGGUCUGCUUUCACAUGAGUAAAGCAUGAACAGUUAAUCAAUAGCUUGUCGGUUCCUUACCACCAUAAAAAGUGAUGAUUAUUAACAGGCUAGCGGGAGGACUUUUUUUAGAAGCUUAAGUCAAGUGUGAACAGGCAAAUAUAAAUAUAAAACAUAUAUAUAUACUUAAGCUUUGUUCAUAUAUAGAAUUAGAACAUUAAGCAUUGCAGUACU